ACACAUGUGAGACACUGCAUGUUAUUUUGUCGUGUUGGAGGGAAGCGUCGAUAUAUCCUACCACGAUACGUCAAGUUUUUAAAGGUCGUCAGUGUGGGCUGGAGUGUUUAACAGCACUACUCCAUACAAGAAAGUCGUAAAAAGAGGGAAUGGAGAAAGCUAAACAAGAUGCAUUUGACAGUGCCAGACUUCAAGUGAUCAAAGAUGGUUAUGAAAGGGCCUUCGAGUGCAUCAAUAAAGACUCACUCACACUGGAUGAAGCUGGAGACAAGGUACAGGCCGUGGAGCUCUAUAAGCGAGGGCGGCAGCACCUUCUCAGGGCAAUCAGCGUGCCUUCUCGGGGAGAGGAGUGUGUGGGCAGCUCCUGGGAUUCAGCCAGGCAGAUGCAGCAGAAGAUGCAGGAGACACUGAACAACAUCACCACUCGCCUGGCCAUACUGGAGAGCUCUGACCUGGGAUCUGAGCCUACAUUGAACACCAGCGGUGUGCCUGUCCCCGAUGCUACAGACAAGUCUAAAGAAGUUCUCUACCCAAAACUUCCCUCCGUAAACAAGCCAGAGAAGCCAGCUCCUCCAAACCUCCUCUCUGCUAAUGGCAAGGCAGCAGGAGCUGUCGGAGGCAUGCCUGCAUGUAGUGGUAGUGGUCUGCCCCUCUCACCCACCCGGCAGCCUGUGGUUCCAGCCGGACAGCCUCCAGCUUACUCUCCUCAGGCAGCUGAUGGACACCUUUCUAUCUCAUACGGGACAGACGCAGGGGAAAUGUCAUUGGUUGGAGAAGAAUUCUACAGUCGAACAUCUAACUCAACACCGUCUCCCCAGAGUAUGAGUGAAGACGGAGAGGAGCUGAUGUAUAUCCCUCAUGGUGUACAGAUAUUCUUUGUCACGCCUGAAGGGCAGGUGAGCGCUCCGUCGUACCCGGGCUACCUGCGGCUGGUGAAGUUUACAAGUGACCACUCUGACAGAAUGCCCAACAGACCACCAGCAUUUCUGCAGGUGUGUGAGUGGCUGUACCCUCUCAUGGCCAUGGACUCUCCAGUGUUGCUGUGUAACACUGGUGUGUUUAUGUUUCCGGACAUGAUGGCGCCUGCUCCUGGCUAUUAUGUUGGGGUGGUGUUGUCCUCUGAGCUGCCUGCUGCAGACAGAGACAUGUUCCAGGACCUGCUGUCCCAGAUGACAGAUCUCAGGGUUCAGGCUCCCGAUGAAGCUGCAGACACCAUUAAUCUCAGUCAGAAGGUGUCCAUCGCUGCACCUGAAGAGACUGCACCAGAAGCAAGUGAGGAGGAGAAGACUCUCCCUGAGUGGAGUGAAAAGGUGGCAAAUGGCAUCCUGACAGGUGCGUCAUGGCUAAGCUGGGGCCUGGUGAAAGGAGCUGAGUUCACAGGCAAGGCCAUUCACAAAGGAGCAUCAAAACUCAGAGAACACAUCACCCCAGAGGACAAACCCACCCACGUCAGUCCCACAGUUACGAAAGGCCUCCAUGUUGCCAAGCAAGCGACGGGCGGAGCUGUCAAAGUCAGCCAGUUUCUAGUGGACGGGGUGUGUGCUGUCGCUGGCUGUGUGGGUCGAGAGUUGGCACCACAUGUGAAAAAACAUGGGGGCAAGCUGAUCCCGGAGUCUAUGAAAAAAGACAAGGAUGGGCGUUCCAACAUAGAUGGAGCCAUGGUGGUGGCUGCCAGUGGAGUGCAAGGAUUUGCAACCAUGUGGACUGGUUUGGAAGUAGCAGCAAAGAACAUUACUACAAGUGUAGCAUCAGAGACAGUCACCACUGUAAAACAUAAGUAUGGGGCAGCAGCAGGACAAGCCACAGACCACGCUGUCAAUUCUGCCAUUAAUGUCGGUCUCACUGCCUUCAAUGUUGACAACCUGGGGAUCAAAGCUGUGGUGAAGAAGACUGGCAAGCACACGGCGCAGGCCAUUUUGGAAGACUACAAGCUUCAGGAAAAGCCAGAGAAUGGGAAGCAAGUGGAGAAAUCGAAAAAAUAGAUGUUACUGCCCAACCUCAUUCCCUCGGAAUGCCUUAAAGCAUAAUUUGUAUUCUUCUAUCAAAGAAAUCUAUAUUUAAUAAUCAUUAUUUAUAAAACACUUUAUAUAUUUACAAAAUAACUACUGUUCUAUGCAUAUCCUAUAGUUUGAUACAGCUCAUAAGCACUUUAAUCUUUAUGUAAAACAUGGUAGAUGGACCUAAAUGAAGAGUAACUGCAGAUUGUAUAACCCAAAUUAAAACAUGGCUAUAAGAGUGUUUCAGUACACACUGUUAACGUUCAGGUAUUAUCACCUAACUUGGAAGACACCAAUUUAACUCUUCUCUUUGUCAUAACAGCAUUAAAUUGUUGACUAAACACUGGAAAUGUUCCUAAUCUUCGUGAAGCAUCUGUGUGCUUGAGUUUCCCACUGGUAGGAUAAGUGCAAUUUAUAUACUUUGAAUGAAUGAUCUUAAUGUAUUAUCUAUAUGUCAGUAUGUGUACAUGUAACUUGCAGACAAAAAAGUGUAUUAUACUGUUUUUCUUUUCCCUGCGGUGUUCAACAUAAGGAGUAAUCACUGCUGCUUACUGUGCCUGCAAAUAUCAAAUGAUGUACAAAAAUCUAAUGUGUUAUGAAACUUUAAAAUUGAAGUCAAUUAUAUAUUUUUUUCUCUUAUGAAUGAGGGUUACUAAAAUGUUAAUGUCUCUCAACUGCAAGUCUGAAGAAUUUGAAACUGUCAGACUGUUUCAGUUUGUGUUCUGCCACAAUGUGCAGUGCUGUCUUCUGCAUUUCAGUUCAUUUGUAUCCACAUAUUUUCAAAAUGGUAAUGUGAUAUUGUGUCAUCUAAAAAUCUAGAUUUUAUUUAGAUGGAAACUUGGCAACAGUUAACAAAAUGUGAUAUUUGACAUUUGAUGUUAAUUUAGCUUGCAAACCAGUCUUUUUUUUUUUUUUUUUUUUGAGUGAUCUGGUUUGUAAUCUUUUAGAACUUCAGCUUUAAGAUCUAAGACCUCAGCAGGUAAAGGUAACUUUCUGAUGGCUUUCAAGUACUCUAGUUGCACAUUGAGAUUUCUUUGCCACCUGAAAUCCUGAGAACUUUAUGAACAAAAUAAAUUGCUCAAAGAAA